CGCACUGCGCCUGCGCGGAACAGCCCCCGCGCGCCUCAGUGACAGCAGCAACACUCGACGGCGGCGCAGGCCAGGCCAGGCCUCCCUCCUUCCUUCCUUUCUUCCCUUCCACGGAUGGCGAGGGCCAGGCUGGCGGCGGGCCGUCGGGGCGAAGGAGGCGGAGGAGGAGGCGGGGAGACAUGCGGCGGGGCCCGGCUAGGCCUCUGCUGAGCCCAGGCGGAGGGCCAGGCCUUCUCUGAGGGGACGGGCAGCCAUGUCGUCGUCGUCGUCCCCGUCCUCCUCCCCGCCGCGGGCCACGGAGGUCAGCUGCGACGCGCGCGGGCAGAGCAGCUCCGUGGCUGUCCGCAUCCCUUCAGGAGGAGGCAGCAAGGCUCGGAAGAAGGGCAAAGGAGGAGGCGGCGGAGGAGGAGGGGGCUUCGGCCUAGGCCUGGGUCUAGGCCUGGGCUUGGGCUCCCACAGGAGGGCGCGCCACUUGCCGCAGCUCUUCGAGCGGGCCUCGAGGCGCUGGUGGAGCCCGCAGUUCGACUCUGGCAACCUGGAGGAAGCCUGCCUGGAGCGGUGCUUCCCUCAGACGCGGCGUCGCUUCCGAGGAGGGUUGGCCUACCUGGGCCUGGCGGGGCUGCUCUGGGGCGCGCGUGGGCUGGGCCUGGCCCUCCUCUUCCCAGAGCCCGGCGUGCUCCCAUUCCUCCCGGGACUGCUCCUUCUAGGCCUAGCCUUGGCCUGUGUAGCUGGCCUGGCCUUCACCUUCUCAGGUGCCUAUGCCCGGCGGCCUGGGGCGACCGCCUUGGUGCUGACAGUGCUGGCCUUCGCCUUGACGCUGGCGCCGCAGCUGCAGGCCCUGGAUAGACCCAUGGGGGCCAACACCAGCCAGGCCGCCCGGUCUUUGCCGUCACCGUCUCCCUUCAUCUCCCCAGUGGGGUCCUUCUCGCUGUGCGUGGCGGUGCUCUUGCUCCUCUAUGGUGUCAUGCACCUGCCGCUCUACCUGAGCCUCCUCCUGGGCCUGGGCUACUCGCUGCUCUUCGAGGCGCUCUCCUUCUGCGCCCGCCCGGCCCCUUGGGGGGAAGUCCUGGGCAAGGCCUUGCUGCACCUGUGCCUCCACGCCACUGGGGUCCACCUCUUCGUCAUGUCCGAGGUGCGCUCCCGCAGCACCUUCCUCAAAGUGGGACAGGCCAUCAUGCACGGCAAGGACCUGGAGGUGGAGAAAGCCCUCAAGGAGCGUAUGAUCCAUUCGGUCAUGCCCCGCGUCAUCGCCGACGACCUCAUGAAGCCCGGUGAAGAGGACACCGGCGGGGGAGAGGCCUCGGCCAAGCAAAGGCCCUCUGCCUCCGCCGCCGCUGCUGCCGCCAGCCCCAAAGGCCGCAAGAAGAAGCCCUCCCUUCCCAAGAGCCCCAUCGUCUUCCGUCCUUUCAAGAUGCAGCAGAUCGAGCCGGUCAGCAUCCUCUUCGCCGACAUCGUGGGCUUCACCAAGAUGAGCGCCAACAAGUCCGCCCAUGCCCUAGUGGGCCUCCUCAACGACCUCUUUGGUCGCUUCGAUCGCCUCUGCGAGGAGGCCAAGUGCGAGAAGAUCAGCACCCUGGGCGACUGCUACUACUGUGUGGCCGGCUGCCCCGAGCCCCGCCCUGACCACGCCUCCUGCUGCGUCACCAUGGGCCUGGGCAUGAUCCGGGCCAUUGAGCAGUUCUGCCAGGAGAAGAAGGAGACUGUCAACAUGCGGGUAGGUGUCCACACUGGCACCGUCCUCUGUGGCAUCUUGGGCAUGCGCCGCUUCAAGUUCGAUGUUUGGUCCAACGACGUUAACCUGGCCAACCUCAUGGAGCAGCUGGGAGUGGCUGGGAAGGUCCACGUUUCGGAGGCCACUGCCAGGUACCUGGACGACCGCUACGAGAUGGAAGACGGGCGAGUGGUGGAACGUGUGGGACAGAGCGUGGUUGCCGACCAGCUCAAAGGUUUAAAGACAUACCUGAUCUCUGGCCUGAAGGUGAAGGAGUCCCACUGCAGCUGCUCCCAGGCUCUGCUUCCCGGUCUGGAGGCCGGAGACAGGAGCAAGAUGCCCGGAGCCUCAUCUGUGGAGAACGUGGGUGAUCCGGCAAAGGUCUUCAGGCCGCCAGAGAAAAGCAAGACAUGCCCUUCCUGCAGCAUCGCAUUGGCCCCCUCCUGUGCUGUGGGUGCAGAAGAAGGCGCUGUCCAAAAUGGAGGCCAGGAUGAACAUAAGCACAGCACAAAGGGCCCAGGCGGGUGCAGCCCUAAAUCCCUGAAUGGCCUGCUGAGUCCACCCCCAGAGGAGAAGCUGAGCAACAGCCAGACCUCCCUGUAUGAGAUGUUGCAGGAGAAGGGCAGGUGGAUGGGCGGGAGCCUGGACAACUCGCCCCUGCUGCCCUUGCGCUUCAAAAACAUCCGGGAGAAGACUGACGCCCACUUUGUGGACGUGAUUAAAGAGGACAGCUUGAUGAAAGACUAUUUUUUUAAACCGCCCAUCAACAAGCUGAGCCUAAACUUCCUGGACCAGGAAUUGGAGAUGACCUACAGAAGCAGCUACCAGGAAGAGGUGAUGAAGAAUGCCCCUGUGAAGACCUUUGCCAGUGCCACCUUCAGCUCCCUCCUGGACGUGUUCCUCUCUGCCACCGUCUUCCUGAUCCUUUCAGCUGCCUGCUUCUUGAAACACGGAUUGACCGGCUCCCCUCCACUACCUGCAGCUGUGGUUGUGGCUGUGGUGGCCCUCUUACUUGAGGUGCUGUCCCUUGUCAUCUCCAUCAGAAUGGCCUUCUCCCUGGAGGACGUCAUGGCCUGCACAAAAGGGCUGAUGGAAGCGAUUGCCGGCUGGCUGCCGCGGCACUUCAUCGGCGCCAUUUUGAUUUCACUCCCAGCUCUUGCUGUCUUCUCGCACUUCACCUCCGAAUUUGAAACUGACAUCUACUUCACAAUGUUCAUGUCAUCUGCGAUCCUCAUCACUAUCGUCCAGUACUGCAACUUCUGCCAGCUCAGCUCCUGGAUGCGGUCCUCAUUGGCCACCUUGGUGGGCGGAGUCCUGUUGGUCUUGCUCUACGUGCCUCUGUGUCCAGACAGCUCCAUGACAGUCUUUAACUCGACCCAAGACUUUGGUGCUGCACAGGGCGCCUGCAACAGGUCAUCCGAGGAGGGCCCUCUGCAGAAGCCAGCCGACAUGAUUGGCCUGGAAGUCAUCCUGGGGCUCUUCCUCCUGCUCCUCCUGGUCUGGUUCCUGAACCGGGAGUUUGAGAUCAGCUACCGGCUCCAUUACCACGGUGACGUGGAGGCUGACCUACACCGCACCAAGAUCCAGAGCAUGCGGGACCAGGCCGACUGGCUCCUGCGCAACAUCAUCCCAUACCAUGUAGCGGAGCAGCUGAAGGUUUCGCAGAGCUACUCCAAGAACCAUGACAGUGGGGGUGUGAUCUUUGCCAGCAUCGUCAACUUUGGGGAGUUCUACGAGGAGAACUACGAGGGCGGCAAGGAGUGCUACCGCGUCCUGAAUGAGCUGAUCGGGGACUUCGACGAGCUGCUGAGCCGGGAGGAGUUUGCCAGUGUGGAGAAGAUCAAGACCAUUGGGGCCACCUACAUGGCUGCCUCGGGGCUGAAUGCGCCUCAAGGCCAGGACACCCGCGGGCCCCAGGCCCACCUGCAGACCCUCUUUGAGUUCGCCAGGGAGAUGAUGCGGGUGGUGGAUGACUUCAACAGCAACAUGCUUUGGUUCAACUUCAAACUGCGGGUGGGGUUCAACCACGGGCCCCUAACGGCUGGCGUUAUUGGCACCACCAAGCUGCUCUACGACAUCUGGGGUGACACGGUCAACAUUGCCAGCCGCAUGGACACCACUGGGGUGGAGUGCCGCAUCCAAGUCAGCGAGGAGAGCUACCGCAUCCUCCACAAGAUGGGCUACGAUUUCGACUACCGGGGGACGGUCAACGUCAAGGGCAAGGGGCAGAUGAAGACCUACCUCUUCCCCAAGUGCAUGGACAACGGGGUGGUCCCCCACCACCAGCUCUCUAUCUCCCCAGACAUCCGGGUGCAAGUGGACGGCAGCAUUGGGCGCUCCCCCACCGAUGAGAUCUCCGGCCUGGUGCCCUCAGUGCCGAACGCAGACAGGGCGUCAGAGGGGCCUCCGGGCCUCCGGAAGGGCCACCCCAAGGAGCCGGUGAAGCCCGAUGGCCGGCCCUGGCUUGGCAAGGGUGGCGACGAGGAGAAGGGUGGUAGUGGGUGCCAGGAAGGGGACAACGAUGGGGGCCCUGAAGAGGAGGAGGAGGCCAAUGAACUGACCAAACUGAACAGCUCCAGGAGCGUCUGAUGACCAGAGGAGGGGCGUCCAGGGUUCCACCUGCAGGGCACAAGGACAGCACUCCAGGGAGGCUGUGUUCUGCUCUCCUUUGGGAGGCGGGGGCCGAGUGCUCUCGGCUUUGGGCUGGAGCCUGGUGGGGUUCUGGACCCCUGGAAGAGAGGAGAGAUCAAGUGCCUUCCGACAGACUCUGCUGCUGGACUCUGGCCACAGAGGCACAAGUUACACCACCGGCGGGGCGCCUGGAUCUAUACCUCCAAGGGACAUGCCAUGGUCGUUCCAGUCUCUCUUUUUUAAGCGUUUCUUACCAACACUACACUUGUUUUUUGUUUCUGCUCUCGCAGCUCCUUUGUACGUAAACACAGGCAGAAAAA